AGAACGUAUUCUAGGCGCGCAAGGCUGAGUACGUGAAACUCAUUUGCUACGCGUUCGUCUAGCACGUGCGACCACUGUUCUUCGCGCAGCGAACGUUGUGCGCGCGGCGUCUUUGGCUUCUCUACUCUCGUUCGGCACGCACACUCCAACGGGUUGCUUCUAUACUUCCACUAGCGAGAAUCCUUUAAUAUCAAGUCGAUCGUCAUGGCAGAAGAGUAUCUUUAUGGAAUUACCCUCGAAGGACUGAAUUCUAGCGAGGUAUGGGAUCCAGAGCAUAAAAACGACGACUCAGACGGAACAAACCAACAUUUCGGUGCCGAUCAGAAGCUGAUUAUAAAAAUGGCUCUUCUAGGCCCAGAGGCUAAACCUGGUGAACUUAAUGUAUUACAAGUUGAAGCAAUGGGCUUAAAAGGACCCAUCAAAACACCGAUUGCUCUACUGGAGAUGGGAAAAACUGCACAGAUUAUUCUGGAUCUCAGUUUUCCUGACCCUCCAGUCACAUUUACUUUGGUUAAAGGAAGUGGUCCUGUUCACAUAGUAGGACAUAAUCUACUUGGUACACACAUGGAGGAGUUUGAUGAUAUGGAUGAUGAAAUGGAAGAAGAGAACAUCGAUGAUGAUGAUGAUGAUAAGGAGCCAGAAGAUGAGGAAGACGAUGAAGAUGAACCCAAGAAGAAGAAUGCCAAAUUAUCAACUGCAGCCAAAUACAAAAAUCAAGCUAAUAAGAACAAGAAAAAAUAAGCACGAGCCUUAUUAUUAUGGAAACAACAAACUUUUAAGUUAGGCUAAGCGUAAGUCCAUCAAUAUCAUCCGCAUUUGUGCGAAUCUAGUAUCGUUUCACCAGAUUAUCAGACGACAACGUUGCCUUCCACGUUUCUACAACACAACUGGACCAAUGAAAACUAUUAUAAAAUAUUACGCUAUGUACGAAGAAUAAUGUCGCAUUUCUUUGAUGUAUAAAAAUUUUAAUUAUGUCAUAUGUCUGUUACGAACAGAAAGUGGAAUUUAUUUUAAUAAUAUUUUUCCCAAAAUGCCUUAGAGGAAUGACCCGUAUUAAACAAACUCUACGGGAUAUUAAGAAUGUGAAUCAAAAAUUAUUUUUUUGACAAAAUUUUAUGGAGUUGAAAGUUCAAAGGGCAUUCUUCUGAGAGCCAAUUGUAUGUGUUAACUCGCUUUGUUUUGUUACGGGGCUGCUAAAGAAAAGAAAGAAAAGACCAAAUUGUGAUGAAAAUUACUAAAAAAAAAAAAAAAA